CCCAUCCCCCAUCCCCGUUGCUAUGACCACCGUCUCCUAGCGACGGGAGCGUCGCUAAACAAAGGAGAGAGAGGACCACCGUGGCCCCGGCUGGGUCGCAGCAGGCCGGAUCGUUGUCUCCAACGGCAGGCGGGCUGGGGUGCGGAGGUCAGGGGUCGGAGGUCAGAGGUAGAGGCCAUGACCCACAGGGAGCGACUGACCCUGCCGCGGGAGCUGCCGCCCGUGCCCGCGGGGAUGAGCGCCAAACCCUGGUACAAGGAGAAGCUGCCGUCCAAGUCCUUCCGCGGGGGUAAGGGCCGGUUGAUCUUCCCCGACGCCCUGAACAGCCGCCGGUGGAAGUUCCUGGACGGGAGCGUCGCGGAGGGCCGCGGGCCCCGUGCCCCCGAGGCCGUCGCCCUCCGGCCCGGCCCGGGCCCGGCCUUCCUCCCGCCCCUCGUCCGCCACGAGCCGGCGAAGGCGACGCCGACGCCCGGCCCGGCCCACGAGAAGCUCCGGGAAAAGAUGACCGAGGCGUCGGUGCGGGCUUCUAGGCUGUCCGCCUGCCAGAGGGCCCGCCGGGCCUACGUCAGCGACGUCGAACGGCGGCUGGCACGACAUCCCCUCGCCCACUACUCUCAUCUCGAAGACCAAGUCUCCCCCGAGAGUGAGCGUGUGGCUCUGUGCCCGCAGCUGCUUGCCCACGUCCUGGAGACGCUCGACCCGGAGAAGAACCUGCAGAAGGAAUGGGCUCGGUGGGCGGAAAUCCAGAGAGACGAGCCACGGCCCGUCCCCCGCCCAAAGCCGCCGGUCCGUUUGCCAACCCGCCCCAAGAAGACUCCGCCCCAGAAUCCCUACAGAUGGCUCUCGGAGGGAGAGGAGAUGAGAGAAGACGCUGCGUACGGCUCCCCGCCUCUGGAUGAAAAUGUACAGCGGGCAACUAAAGAGUUUUGUGACUGGGUGGCUUCUUUGGGCGGGGUCCAGAACCACCUGGACGAAUCCACCGUCCGGAGCCUCUUCGCUACCGGCUACGACGUCCCGCGGAGUUUCCCGCUGCGCGUGGUGGAGCUCGGCAGAAUCCCGGAGGAGCUGAAGAAACGUCUGGGCCCCCGACUGCGGUCCCCCGGUACGGCCCGGACGGGCCGGAGCAAGUCUCAGGAUCCUUACAGACCCGCCUGGGAGAAGAUCCGCUACGGAGCCUGGUACCUGAAUCCCAAGUUGUGGAAAAAGCAACGAGCGGAUGAACCUCUGAAAGACCCAAAGGUUGAACUGGCUGCCCAGAAGGAAAAAUUGAGAAAGGCUCUUCAGGAAAGGGAUUACCGGAUCCUGGAACACCACGGAAUCAUGGCCUUCGUGAAGUUCAUUGAAAGCAAAGGCUACCGGAUGCCAAACUUCCUCACUAAGAUCUUUGCCCAGAAGGAGCUGGCAGAAGCCUCUGAGGUGACUUCUAAACCGUCCCCGAAGCGACCGCGGUUCAAGAAAAGGAAAAUCGAAGUUCAUUCCACCUCUCCCCACCCCAAGGGGUGAGGGCGCGUGGCUUUGGCUCGACUCUACUCAGACCUUUACCUUGCCCCGUCCUUCGGACAGAACCCGGAAACAUUAAACGAGCUCUUCAGCGGAGCUCCGGUAGAGUCAUCCUCUUUUCGAGCCUUAUCCCUGGCUUUCUCCCGAGGCCUUCGGGCCCGUUGAUUUUCCGGCAAGGCUCGGCUCCAGGGACGCCGACGGUCUGCCCAUCCGGGGAUGUACUGGACGGAGGACUUCAGAGGCGCGCGCCUCACCGGGGCACGGGUAGGGAGUCAUUCCGCCUCCCUCCCUCUUACCCGCUGCCAUCUCCCAACCCCCUGCUCCCUCCCACCGUGGGUUGACCAUCUUCCAUUCAGUCGUACCGACUGAGCGCUUACCGCGCGCGGAGCACCGUACCGAGCGCCCGGGGGAGGACGCGACGGCCACAGGCGCGUUCCCGGCCCACGACGAGCCCGCGGUCUCGAGGAGGCGGACGUUAAGGCACCUAAAUGAAUAAACGAAUAAAUGAAC